AUGGUCUCCAAAAUGGAAAAUAGGCAGAAUUGUCGUCGGCUGCAACUCGGCGUUGGGAAUGAUCUUGAGACUGGAUUUCAAACCCUCUUGUUUCUCAUUAAAAAUCCAGAAAUAGCUGGAUAUCUUCGCCAUUUGGAAGUCCAUGGAAGCCGAAGUGUGUCGGAUGGCCUGGAUGUUGAUUUCAAUACCCCGCCUGAUGAGUCUCGGGAGCUAGAGCUGGAUGACCUUGAGAGAUUGAAGGCUGCCAUCGAGAGAGCUGGGUUCACAGAAGGAAAUGAGCCACAAAUGGUGCUGCACAUGCUGCUACAACGCCACGCGAGAAAUUUAUUGAACACCUCUCACUUUUGUCAUAUGGCCUUCAAACAGGCCCUUGCAGCGCUGCUGAUCGCUAUUUCGCCCCAGCUAGAGUCUCUUGCUGUAUUCCAUGUUGGAGAACCUAGUUCCGAGGCUGAAGAUCUCGCUCUCCUCAUGAUGCUUCGCCGUGCAAACAAAAAUCCCGAUUCGAUUCCUUAUCUACAGCACCUCAGACAGAUCAUUUUCCUUCCUGACGACUGUUCAAGUGGUAAUGAUGGCUUUUAUUACAAUAUCGCUGAGGAUUAUCAUCAUAGACUGAACCUGGUGCGACGACUCCCAGCGCUGAAGUCCGUGUCCUUCUCUUUAGCCUCAUGGAACAAUGAGGCUGGCUUGCCUCCUCCGCCAAAAUCGGCAAAUUACAGCGAGAUUAGUUUUACCCACUCAAAUUUGGCAGGAAAUGAGUCUGAGAUGUGCUACAUCAUUGAUUCCUCUAAGGCGCUGCGCAAGUUCACAUACACCAUCGGUGGGCGUGCGCAGCCAGAGGGAGGAAAGGUAUCUGUGACUCUUACAUCCAUUGUCAGAUGCCUUUGGAGACACCGUCAUCAUCUAGAGGAGCUUGAUCUUGAUGUUGAAGAUAAUGUCUCUUGGGCUGAAGUAUAUGGCAAUGAGGGUUUAGAGUCUACUGAGGAGAUUGAAAGGGACGAAGAUACAGAGUAUGAAGAAUUAUGGGAAGGAGAGAUGGAAGAGCUCGAUAUGAAUCUUGAAACGCCACCAGCAAACAUCUCCCUGGCGGAUUUCCCAAAUCUGAAAAGUCUGGGCCUCGGUGUUCAUACACUCUGUUUUCUGGCAAGGGGAAUAGGUCCAGAUCGGCUCGAUGCUAAGUCGUUCUCUCUUGUGCAUACCUUGCCAGCCUCGUUGCAAAGCAUACGGCUUUACGGGAAGGGAGAAGACGGCGAUCCAACCUUGGACCUGGGAAAUCAUCAACCUGACCUGGAUGUCGAUACUCUUCUGGAAAGGCUGGUGGCUGAUAAGGAUGCGAGACUGCCGAUGCUGAAAACAAUCGAAGGCUUUGACCCUGUCAUUCCACGAGGAAAAGAGGUCCCAGGAUACGCAGAUGAGGAUCAUCAACUUCUUUGGGAGCAGCCUAAAGGAUGGUUAGUUGACUAA